AUGGCGUUUGUCAACCUAAAGUCCAUCUCUCUGGUGGCAAUCUCGAGUUUGGCGCCUCUCAUUUCAGCCCUUGGACAAAAACAAGUGAUCUCGUUUGAAAGCGCCCAAGACAGCUUCCAGCUCGCCGGCGGCGACGUCGGGACUGGUCAGAUCCUUGUGUCUAGCGAUGACUACUGGGGCGUUAUCCGGGCUGCCGGUGACUUAGCUCUUGACUUUGGUCGCGUCACGGGCACCACCUACACUCUCAGCAAUGGUGUAAACGGCUCCGAGCCGGCUUCUUACACUUUUUCCCCGGUAGACGUCAGCAACAAUACCAUAUACCGCGUCCAAGACGAGCAAUCCUUCAGGGGCCCUAACUACACCGACCCUGUACCUGGCAGCACAGUUAUCAUCGCCGGCACUAUCGGACAUUCAAAGUUCAUCGACGACCUCAUUGCAGCCCAGAAACUGAACACCAGUGAAGUCGAGGGGCAAUGGGAGUCUUUCGUCAGCCAAUUGGUUGAAGAACCUGUCCCGGGAUGCUCCCGCGCACUCGUCAUCGCUGGCAGCGAUCCACGAGGCACCAUCUACGGCAUCUACGACAUCAGUGAACAAAUUGGCGUCAGCCCGUGGUACUUCUGGGCCGAUGUGCCUCCCAAGAAGGCGACUGAUAUCUAUGUCUUGCCGGAAGGCAAAGUCCAGGGGUCCCCUUCCGUGAAGUACCGUGGCUUCUUUCUUAACGACGAGCAGCCAGGAUUGUCCAGUUGGGUCUCAACCCAAUGGAACGACACGUGGAACGACUCCGCAGGAUACAACUACCACUUCUACAGCUUGGUCGGCGAGCUUCUGCUCCGUCUUCGCGCCAACUACCUCUGGCCGACGCUCUGGGGCAGCAUAUUCUACGUCGACGACCCGCUUAACCAGCCUCUGCUCGAUGCAUACGAGGUUGUUCUGGGCGGCUCCCACACGGAGCCUCUGAUGCGUGCUCAAAACGAAUUUCGAACGUACUAUCAGGGCCAGUGGGCGUACAACCUCAACAACGAGACGAUUGACGACUACUUCCGGUAUGGUGUGCAGCGUGCGAAGCCAUACGCCCGCAACAGCCUGUGGACCAUGGCCAUGCGCGGUACCGGCGAUACGGCCAUCGAGGGCAACUUGGGAGUCGAAGCCAUUGUCGAAAUGCUGGAGGAGCUCGUGGAGAACCAAAGGAGAAUCAUUGCUGAAGGGCUCGAGAUCGAGUCUGCCUCCGAAGUCCCGUCGUUGUGGUGUCUCUAUAAGGAAGUCCAGUCUUACCAGGAGAAGGGUCUCCACGUUCCCGAAGACAUCACCCUCCUAUGGGCCGACGACAACUGGGGUAACGUCCGAAGGCUGCCGCUGGUCAACGAGACGGACCGGAGCGGUGGUGCUGGCGUGUACUACCAUUUCGACUACGUCGGCGACCCGCGCGACUACAAAUGGAUCAACACGAUCCAGCUGGAGAAGACGGCAGAGCAGAUGUACCUUGCGUAUGCGCGGAAUGCACGCAGGAUCUGGAUCGUCAACGUUGGUGACCUCAAGCCUCUCGAGAUCCCCAUCAGCCACUUCUUCGACCUCGCGUACGACACGGAGAAAUGGGGCGUCGACGGCACUGGGGAGUGGCUCGGCUCCUGGGCGACUAGAGAGUUCGGGGACGAACAUGCAUCCAACAUCUCGGAGAUCUUGACCAAGUACGGCAUGUAUGCGGCCCGCAGAAAGUAUGAGCUGGUCGAGCCGCAUACCUACUCCGUCAUCAACUAUAACGAGGCAGACGCAGUCCUGGAGCAGUGGGCCGCCCUGCACAAGCAAGCGCAGGCUGUGUACGAUGCUCUGGACGAGGAAUACCGGGCGGCCUUUUUCGAGAUGAUCCUGCACCCCAUCACCGCGGGGGAGAUUCUGCACAAGAUUCAGAUCAACGGGGCGAAGAACCAGUUGUAUGCCGGGCAGAAGCGCAACUUAGCCAACGAUGUCAUCGACGAGUCCCGGGCGCUGCUCGACGCAGAUGCCGAGCUGACCGUUAGAUGGAAUGAGCUACUCGACGGGAAAUGGCUGCACAUGCUGGACCAAACCCAUCUUGGAUACGAUGGCUAUUGGCAACAGCCCAUGCGCAACACGCUUCCCGACAUGCGUUACGUCCAGACGCAGUUCCCCUCGCUGGGAGGCCAGAUCGGCGUCGGCGUCGAGGGCUCCAACGCCAGCGUGCAGGGAGACGACAAGUGGCACACCAACUCGGCCAACGACCUCGCGGUGCCGCCUCUGGACCCUUACGGCGCCCUCACGCGCUACUUUGAGGUCUUCACUCGCGGCAACAAGGCGUGCCCCUGGGAGGCCAGCCCGUGGCAGCCGUGGGUCAAGCUGUCGCAGUACAACGGGACCGUCGGCGGUGACAACGGCACCGACAGUCGCGUCUGGAUCACAGUCGAUUGGGAGAAUGCGCCGGCGGCGCCGAAUGCGACGCAGGUGUACAUCAACGUCACAACGCCGUGCCGCGAUAAGGAAAAGUACGCAGGCCAGGGGCAGAGGGUCAUUGUGCCGGUCGUCAACCGCGAGGUUCCUUCCAACUUCACCGAGGGCUUCGUCGAGUCGGACGGGCAUGUAUCAAUCGAAGGGCCGCACUACCAGAAGAUUGUCGAGCCAAGCAGCAGCUCGAACAGCAGCAGCAGCAGCAGCAGCAACAGCAAAAAGCUCGAAUACCACGUGCUCGAGAAUUAUGGCCGAACAUUAGGCGGCGUCGGGCUGUACCCGGCCGAGUCGGAGAAGGUCAAGCUCGGCGAGGGUCCGGCGCUGGAGUACAGCUUGUACCUCUUCACUAACACCAGCAAGGCCAACGUCACGCUGUAUAUCUCACCGUCGGCUAACUAUCUCGGCGACGGCAACCCGCUCGAGUACGGCAUCUCGCUGUACCCGACGGGCGACGACGAGCCGCAGCCCAAGACGGUGCAGCCGGUGGGCAGGACGCAGGGCCAGAACAUGCCCGAGGGAUGGGGGUACGCUGUGGGCGACGCCGUCUGGGGGCUCAACGGCAACUACACGACGACAACUUUCAACGUCACGCAGGAGGGCGCGUACACGCUGCGUGUUUGGGCGCUUCUGCCGAACAUCAUCGUGCAGAAGAUCGUGGUCAAUCUCGGCGGCGUUAGGAAGUCGUACCUCGGACCGCCCGAGAGCUUCUUGCUGGGGCGGGAUGACAAGGGUGUUGCUAACCGGACGGCGUUUACGGACACGCCUGGUGUUCUGGGAGGGAGAACAGAGUAG